GCUCAGCAUUCCUUCAACCUCACAAGCAUCAAUUAUGGCUUCCAACACCAUAAUAUUCUUCUUCAUCGCCUCUCUAUUUCUUUUACACACAGUUUCCGCUGUUGAGUACAUCAUCACCAGCAACGCUGGAGGCACUCCCGGUGGCAACCGCUUCGACACCCAAAUCGGAGCGGACUACUGUCGUCAAACGAUGAUAGAAGCCAGUGGUUUUAUCUGGAGUAUUUUUCGGCAAAACACCCCUGCCGACCGGAGGAAUGUGCAGAGUGUCAUCCUGUUGAUCGACAGGGACUUACACCAAUAUCCGGCGUUUGCAAGCAACAACCGGAUUCACGUUAGUGCGAGCUACAUCGCCCGCUACAAUGGAGAUGUGAGGAUGGCAGUUACAGGGAUCUUGUACCAUGAAAUGGUACAUGUCUGGCAAUGGAACGGAAACGGGGCAGCGCCGGGGUGGUUGAUCGAAGGCUAUGCAGAUUACGUACGACUGAAAGCAGGGUACAUUCCGGGGCAUUGGGUGGCGCCGGGAGGCGGGUCAAGUUGGAUGGAAGGUUACGACAAGACUGCAAGAUUUAUGGACUAUUUGGAGGGGCGGAGGAGCGGGUUCGUGUCAGCGCUGAACCGGAUGCUAAGAGUCGGCUACUCUCCGGAAUACUUUGUGCAGCUGCAGGGAAAGACAGUGGCUGAGCUGUGGGCGGAGUACAAGGCGGCGUUUGGGAACCGUGGUUGAGUAUAAUUAGAAUAAUAAGGAAUGUAUGUUAAAGCUUUUUUAAAUAGAAACUAAGUCAAAAUAAAAAGGUUUUUGCCUCUACUGUGUUUCUUAACACAACCCCAUUAAGUGUUCUCUUGUGCUUAUCAGAUAUUGAUUCAGUGUGUAUUGUAAUAGUUUUUCAUCACUGUUUUUCUAUUUAAUGGCAGACUGUUAUCAAUAUCAAAUAAUAAAUUAAAGAAAGUCAGGGUUGUUUUGCA